GCCAAGCGAUACCCAUGAUGUAGGAAUACAAAUUCUUGUGCAAAGGGAAUUAUAUUUACCAUCUCGGAUAUGUCGACCAAUCACAAGGUCAAAAAAUAAUUUAAGGUUGAGGCGCACUCUCGCGAUUCGGCUGAAAGUUUGAAGCCGAAGGCAGGAGUCAAAAUAACCUCAGACUCCAGAUUAUGUACAGCCAAUGACAAUGCAAGCCCUCGCACUUCGGAUUUUCUACUAUGAACCGACAGGCUGACAUUCAGUGUCUUGCAAUUUCGCUUCUGAUAAGUCAUGUCUCAGAGCGAUCACCACGACAUCAUCUCAACAUAUAAAGGCAUUGUAUGCACGUCUUCAUGAGCGAAUAUUCGAUAACACUGCGCAUUUACGACACCCUCCUCGAACUUUCGAGAUGACUUCAGAUCCCCGAAAGAACAUCGUUGUCCUCGGAGGCUCAUACGGGGGCGUAUCUACUGCCCACUACCUCCUCAAGCAUGCUCUCCCUCAGCUUCCUGAGAAGGAUUCAUACCAAGUCGUCAUCGUCAGCACUUCAUCGCAAGCUCUAUGUCGACCCGCUUGCCCCCGCGCAAUGAUCUCAGAUGCAAUGUUCAAUCAAGAGAAGCUUUUCAUUAGCAUCCCCAAGCAAUUCGAACAAUACCCAAAAGAGUCCUUCGGAUUCGUACAAGGUACUGCCAUCAAGCUGGAUCAUACCAAUCGAAAUGUCGAAAUCACAUUGGCGAGUGGCACUCCAGAAGCCAUCGCCUUCCACGCUCUUGUCAUUGCAACCGGUGCUUCUACACCGUCACCUCUGUUGAGUCUCAACCGAGACGAACAAUUUCUAAAGUCCAGCUGGAUCGAGUUUCGGAAAGCGCUUCCAACAGCAAAGAGCAUCGUCAUUGCUGGUGGGGGUCCGGCUGGAGUUGAAGCAGCAGGCGAACUUGGAGAGUAUCUCAACGGUCGAGCAGGAUGGUUCAACUCGACGCUUACAAACCCCAAAGUCUCGAUCACAGUUGUAACUUCCGACUCGAAGAUACUUCCAAGUCUACGACUUAGUAUCGCUAACAAGGCUGAGAAGUAUCUUGCUCAAGUUGGGGCGAAGGUCAUCAAGAAUAUACGAGUGAAGAGCAUUACACCCGAAGGAGCAGGAACUGAGAAUACCGUCCUUACCAGCAAAGCGGUGGUGAUGCUUGAUGAUGGAAAGACACUAGAGGCCGAUCUCUACAUUCCUGCUUUCGGUACAAGACCAAAUACCAGUUUCAUUGACAAGUCACUUUUGAUGGUAGAUGGUCGCAUCGAAACCAAUUCUUCGACCUUGAGAGUUGACAAAGCUGGCCCACGAAUCUAUGCCGUUGGAGAUGUUGCAUCUUAUGCUCGGCCCGCUGUACAUCUUAUUCUCAACGCCAUUCCAGUUCUUGGUGCCAAUAUCAAGCGUGAUCUAUUGUUAGCAGCUGGGAAGAAGGAGACCGAAGUAAGUGAGGAUCGCAAGUUUGAGGACGACACUCGCGAGACACAGAUGGUGCCGAUUGGAAAAAGCAAGGGUGUUGGCGCUGCGAUGGGGUAUGCACUUCCUAGCUUUCUUGUGUGGUUGAUUAAGGGGCGAGACUAUUGGCUAUGGACUACAGGAGGGCUUUGGAGUGGGAAGCAGUGGGCAAAGGAAUCUUGAUAGAGGAUCUGGUCUACUCUUUUUCUUUCGAAUCCCUAAUUUGUGUAUGUAUAUGACACUAGGUUUGCUUAGCGCGAGGAUCUUUCAUCAUCCCUCAAGGAUAUCGAGUUCUCGUUUUCUAACUCUGUCCUUG